CAUCGACUUGUUUUGUCCUGUACUUGGACGUCCGCCUGCAGGAACAUUCCAGAGGUGUGAAAAGGUGUCCAUCCGUGCACGUGGCUGCGCGCGUUCUGGGCGGAGUUCUUCUCUCGCUUCUACUUGCUUCUACUUGCUUCUGUCAGCUUCUGUGCUGCUAAAUGAGCGCCCUCCGUGCAGCAGAACCAGCAGCAGAACCAGGAGCAGAACCAGGAGCAGAACCAGGAGGACUAUAGGAGGUGCGGGCGGGAAGCAAGAUGGGCGUGGAGGAGGACACACGUGACACCAGGAUUCUGAUGGACGAGGACGGCUUGGACAAGAACUUCCAGCCAGUUCUGGACCACAAGAAGAGGGGCAAAGAGUUCGCUGCCAGGGCGGACCGAGACCCGAACCACAUCAAUGCGCACCUAAAGGUGGACUUCGAUGACGUCAUCGCCGAGCCACCGUCCGUGAGGAGCUCCGACAAGGUGUGGAUCUUUAGCCACGCCCUCUUCCACCUGGUCAGGUUCCUCUUCUACCGAGUCAUCAGCGUCCUGCUGGCCGUGCCGGUGGCCUUCAUCCUCGGCCUCUUCUUCGCCAUGCUCGGCCUCGUCCACGUCUGGUUGGCGACGCCCGCCAUCAGGAGCUUCCUGCUUCUGCUGCCGUCAGCACGGCGCCUGUGGACGAGCUGCAUGGACCUUUUUCUCACGCCUUUCUUUCAAAGCGCCGCCAAGAUUUGCUCAAGGGUUGACGUUCAAACCAGCGACUGAACGGGAACAUGACAGUCCAUCAAACUAUCAAUUGUGACUGUGACUGUGACUGUGACUGUGACUGUGACUGUUACUGUGACUGUGACUGUGAUUGUGACUGUAAUUCCUAUUGUGACUGUGACUGUGAAUGUGACUGUGAUUUUGACUGUGAUUCUGAUUGUGACUGUGAUUGUGACUGUGAUUGUGAUUCUGAUUGUGACUGUUACUGUCAUUGUGACUGUGGCUGUGACUGUGAUUGUGACUGUAAUUGAGACUGUGAUUGUGACUGUGAUUCUUAUUGUGACUGUGACUGUGAAUGUGACUGUGACUGUGAUUUUGACUGUGAUUCUGAUUGUGACUGUGACUGUGAUUGUGACUGUUACUGUCAUUGUGACUGUAACUGUGACUGUGACUGUGAUUGUGAUUGUGAUUGUGACUGUGAUUUUGAUUGUGACUGUUACUGUCAUUGUGACUGUGACUGUGAUUCUUAUUGUGACUGUGAAUGUGAUUAUGAUUGUGAUUGGGAUUAUUAUUAUUAUUAUUAUUAUUGUUAUUGUGAUUGUGAUUGUGAUUAUGUUUAUGAUUAUUAUUGGGAUUGGGAUUAUUAGUAUGAUUGUGAUUGUGACUGUGAUUAUGAUUAAGAUUGGGAUUAUUAUUAUGAUUGGGAUUGGAUUGUGAUCGGGAUUAUGAUUGGGAUUGGGAUUAUAACUGUGAUUGUGAUGGUAAUUGUGAUUAUGAUUGGUAUUGUGAUUAUGAUUAUUAUUGUGAUUAUGAUUAUGAUUGGGAUUAUUAUUAUGAUUAUGAUUAUGAUUGUGAUUAUGAUUGUGAUUGUGAUUAUGAUUGGUAUUGUGAUUGUGAUUAUGAUUGGUAUUGUGAUUAUAAUUGUGAUCAUGAUUGUGAUUAUGAUUAUUAAUUAUUGUGAUUGUGAUUGUUAUUAUGAUUUUGAUUGGUAUUGUGAUUAUGAUUGUGAUUAUGAUUAUUAUUGGGAUUAUUGUUAUGAUUGUGAUUAUGAUUGUGAUUGUAUUAUGAUUAUUAGUUAUUGUGAUUGCAAUUGUGAUUAUGAUUAUGAUUGGUAUUGGGAUUAUGAUUGUGAUUAUGAUUGUGAUUAUGAUUAUGAUUGUGAUUGUGAUUGCUAUUGUGAUCAUGAUUGUGAUUAUGAUUGUGAUUAUGAUUGUGAUCAUGAUUGUGAUUAUGAUUAUGAUUAUUAGUUAUUGUGAUUGCGAUUGUGAUUAUGAUUAUGAUUGAUAUUGUGAUUAUGAUUAUGAUUUGGAUUAUUAUUUUUGAUUAUGAUUGUGAUUGUGAUUAUGAUUAUUAGAUAUUGUGAUUGCGAUUGUGAUUAUGAUUGGUAUUGAGAUUAUGAUUAUAAUUGUGAUUAUGAUUGUGAUUAUGAUUAUUAUUGGGAUUGGAAUUAUUGUUAUGAUUGUGAUUGUGAUUAUGAUUGUGAUCAUGAUUGUGAUUAUGAUUUUUAGUUAUUGUGAUUGCGAUUGUGAUUAUGAUUGUUAUUACGAUUGUCAUUACGAUUACGGUUAUGAUUAUGAUGACAUCAUCCCUUUCAUCAAACUGCUGACUUUGUCCAAGAUGGCGUCCAAGUCUCCUCCUUUAGUAGAAGCUCCUGCACCUUUCCAAGAUGGCCGACCUCUCAUCGCUUACCAAACAUGAAUAUUAAAUGAUUUAUUCUUUUUCUUAGCAAAGUAAAUAUUGCAUUUCAUAAACAUGCACUCAUAACAUUGAUGAGGAGAUGCUGCUCCGUUAUUGAUUGAAGUGAAUUAUAUUUAUAUGGCCUUAAAGUUGCUGGCACGGCCACUCUUCCAACCGAGCUAUAGCGGCCCAAGUAAAGU